AUGCUUCUGAGAUACUUCCUUGACGAGAGCGGACACCGUGUCUACACUUUGAAGAAAACCGCUCCCGAGGGUAGCCAGACGUUUUCGGCACAUCCCGCUAAGUUCUCGCCUGAGGAUAAGUGCAGCAAGUACCGUGUGAUUGUCAAGAAACGCUUUGGAUUGCUUCCAUCUCAACAAGCAAAAAUUAUGGCCAUAUACUGGGAAUGGCGUCGAAUUUUUCGACAAAAACUUCGUUCUUUUUCUCCACAACAAAGUAAAUUUUCCUAUCAACAAUGGGCUAAGCGUCGGCUUGUUAUGUCAUUUGUGUUCUUCUUUGUCGGCUGGAAGGUUUUCGGCUACACGUUAACAGAAAUGGGUCUUUAUGUCUACGAUGAAGAGACCGGCAAGGGUCACUAUCGUACCCCAGCCGAAGCUCGUGAAUUGCGCAACAAACUAGAGCUCGAACAUGAUCGUCGCCUCAAGAAACCCAUGGAUAUUUGUAUGCCUCCACCUGCAACAAUUGACAUCUCCUUCUCAAUCGGCGAUCGUUUCAUUCAACUGCUGAAGACACAACACGCAAAUCUCGACAGUUAUUUCUUCACCGAGUUGGGCAAGAUCGGGCAAAUCAUCGAGGUGAUUUUCCCGGAGGAAUUGAUCAACGAGAGGUUGACUGGGCAUCAGGGAGUCGAAUACGAAUCAAGACUACUUGUCGGUGGCGAUAAUUCGUCUGCUGAUUUAUUUGUUCGUCGUUUAAUUGCCACGUUAAACUCUUUGAAGUUGCCUCGACGUCGCCUUCUUACACUCUUACUGUGGAAGUCAUGCAAGCUGCCCUACAAAAGAUUGAAACCCAUUUUUCUAGGGUCUAAUGUGUUUUACUCAACGUCAACAUCUCCAGCAGCUGAAACCGUAAAGAAGAAGAAAAACGAACACAACAUAUUUCAAAUACAGACCAAUUUCACGUAUGGACCGAAGCAAAAGGGAAACAAAGCACAUCUUGAUCAGCAAAUCGCGAUCGCCGGCAGACUGGACAAUCUCUACGCUUGGCAAAGGGAGGAGAGAAAAGGGCGAGAAGUUUUCGAACUUCUUGAUGGUCCACCAUAUGCCAAUGGAAGUGUACAUGUUGGACAUGCUGUGAACAAAAUUCUUAAGGAUUUUAUUGUCAAAAGCCAAAUGGCUCUUGGAAAGCAAGUUCGCUUCCGCCCCGGAUGGGAUUGUCACGGAUUGCCAAUUGAGUUGAAAAUUCGAAAGGACGUGAAGGAGAAAUCAGACAUUCAAAUACGGGAAAUGGCUAUUGAAGUGGCUCAGGAGGCCAUCGAUAAACAAAAGCAAGCAUUCAGGCGAUGGGGUGUAACGGGUGACUGGGAGAAUCCCUAUCUAACAAUGAACGUCGAUUAUGUAGCCGAGGAGUUGCGACUUUUUGGGGACAUGUUGAAGAGCGGACUUGUUUAUCGGAAGAUUCGGCCCGUACAUUGGUCACCCAGCUCACAAACUGCGCUCGCCGAAUCCGAAUUGGAAUAUGUACCAACUCACCAAAGCAUUUCUUGCUUCUUUCGCUUCAAAAUGAUCUCAUCAGCUCCACUCGAAAAUCUCAAUAUUUUCCACCUAGACCGACCAAUUGUUAUUUAUGCUCUCAUAUGGACGACGACUCCUUGGACUCUCCCGCUGAAUGAUGCGAUUUGCAUAAAGAAUGAUGUUGAUUACUGUGCCAUUCAAUUUGAUGACGAAAAGAAUACUCCCGUCAAUACGGUGUAUUUGGUCGCCAAGUCAUCAGUAUUGGAUCUACAAACGAAAUUGAACAAAAAGUUAAACAUUGUUGGUUCGAUUUCUGGGAAGUCACUGGAGGGACUUCAUUAUCGAAGUUGUUGGCACAACGAAUUGGCGCUGCCGAUCUACGCUUCAUCUCACGUUUCAACCAGCAAAGGAACGGGACUAGUUCAUGCAGCUUUUGCACAUGGGGCCGAGGAUUAUCAGGUUUCACUUUUGCAUGGACGUGAUGUACACUGCUUCGUCGAUUCAAGAGGCUGUUAUACGAGAAAUUUGGGUCAUGAUCUUGAGGGAAAGGAUGUGCUCACUGAUGGGCAAAAGGAAGCGAUGAAGUUGUUGCAUCGGGAUAUUGUUCACGCCGUUCCCUUCGAACACUCAUAUCCGUAUGAUUGGAGAACGAAAAAGCCAGUCCUUAUUCGGGCCACUGCGCAAUGGUUUAUUAACACUUCAAUCAUCGGACAUACGGCAGUCGACUUGUUGAAAGAUGUUCAUGUAGGAUCAGGAAAAAUUGAUCAAUCGGAGGAGCUGCGAUCUCUACUCUCAAGUCGGAAGGAGUGGUGUAUUUCGAGACAACGAGCAUGGGGAGUUCCAAUUCCAGCAUUCAGAGAUGAUCGAGAUAAUGAGUACUCGUCGAAAGAACUGUGUGACCGUGUCGCCGACCUCACCGAGAAAUUUGGGAUACAUGCUUGGUGGACCCGCGAUGAAUCGGAGUUUUUAACAAACGAUGUAAAAGCUUCAUUGAAUCUACCGUCAGCAGAUGUCGUUUUAAAGAAAAGUCACAAUGUGAUGGACGUUUGGAUGGAUAGUGGUUUAGCUUGGCACUGUGCUCGGAAAAAUUACAAUGAUGCUGAUGCGAAACGACCAGCAGAUGCGAUUCUUGAGGGUGUCGACCAAUCACGAGGAUGGUUCAGUUCUUUGGCGCUAACCGGAGCCGCUUUGAAUAAGUCUGUCCCAUUCAAACGAAUUCUCGUUCACGGUUUUUGUCUAGAUGAUGAAGGAAAAAAAAUGAGCAAAUCACUGGGAAAUGUUGUUGACCCGGAGACGGUCACCGAUGGAACGUUACGAAGCAAAGCACUGGGAGCUGAUGGAUUAAGACUGUGGGUAGCUCUUCAUGGAUCAGAAGGAAGUCAGCCAUCAAGAAUUGGACCGGUCAUCUUAGAGGAUAUUGAUUUACAGUUAACAAAAUUGCGAAAGAUGUUCUACUUUUUGUUGGGGUCUCUUCACGAUUAUCAAGGGCAAAAACCAUCAAAGUUACCGCUGCUAGAUCAGAUUGUUCUAAAUGAUCUACAUUCAUUGGUGAAAGAUUCUCUUCGAUUUUACAAAGAGUACCGCUUCAAAACGUUGAUGCAGAAUUUAUUGCUCUUUGCACAGGAUAAUGUGAGCAAGAGCUACAUACACUAUGUACACGAUCGUUUAUAUGUUGACGCAAGUGGUUCGGAAUCUCAUUUGGCUGCUCAAUACACCAUGAAUCAACUUAUCAUCAACCUCUCACAACUCAUCGCACCAAUUUUGCCUCAUUUGGCCAUUGAGAUUGCAACUCAUCGGAAAAAUAUUGAUUCAGAGAAGGCUCUUCAAUUUGAAUUCGACUCUUGGGAAACGCCAGAAGAACAAUAUUCGCUAUGCAUGGACGCGGAUCUCAAAGAAAUAAAGGAAAUCGUUGGAAAGAUUCGUCUCGAAAUCGGACGACUUACUCCAGAGAAGAGCGAUGCUUCAAAAAUGGCAGCUGUUGUCAAUUUGGAUUCCGAGUCUUACAAGAAGCUUUUUCGACUGCAUCCAUCAAUGAAAAGCACCAAAACGGAGUUAACAGAAUUGAUUGGCGUUUCACAGAUAACUUUACGAGAUAGCGGUGGCGACUCUGAAAUGACGGUUCGACUCGAGAAACCUGAUAGUGAUCACUGUAGUCGGUGCCGGAGAAUGCGAAAACUUCCAAAUGAUCAUCCGUAUUGUGUUUUUUGUAAUCAAUCACUUAGAACUAUGGGUCUUUUG